AUGCAAUAUUCAAGCUCGCUGCGCCGACUAUAUACCGGUGGAAGAGACGGCGCCGUGAAAAUUUGGCAAGAUUCAUUUAGCCUAAAAAAUUGUCCUCAAGGUCAAGGUCAAGGUCAAGAUCAAGGUCAAGGUCAAGGUGCUGCUACAUCUUGCGACGACUCGGAUUUCCUGGAUUUCCUGGAUUGUGACGACGUUGCAGAGAAACUUUUGAAAUUGGAAACAGCAAUUGCAUCUAAACCAUUGCCAUUUAACUCAAAAGAGUACGACCCUGUGGGGUUCAAAAUUAUAGACAGCCAUAAUAUUCAUUUCGACUGGAUCAAUGAUAUAAAACUUAUAAACCAUGAUCAACAAUUAGUUUCCUGCUCAUCAGAUUUGUCAAUUAAAAUCACCAAUUUAUGUGAUCAUUUUGCUACUACUACUCCUAUUACUCAUAAACUUGCAAACGUUCAUACCGACUAUAUCAAGAAACUUGCUUACUCCCAAGAUGCACCUGCACAGUUGCUAAGUGGGGGACUUGAUGGAAAUGUAGUAUGCUGGGACUUGAACCAAUUGGCACCUGUGCAAGUGAUUGAAAAGAACACAAGGGGUAAUUUGCCUUCUUCAAUAUAUGCCUUAGCAAGUAAUAAUCGGAAUAUAAUCAGUACAGGUGGUCCAAGCAAAACAAUCAAUUUGUACGACAAUAGAUCCUCAGCACAGUUUAUCAAACAACUUAUAGGUCAUCAAGAUAACAUAAGAUGUCUCUUGAUGAAUGACUAUUUCAUUUUGAGUGGCUCUUCUGAUACUACAAUCAAAUUGUGGGAUUUACGAACUUUUAAAGUUUAUAAAAACUUUGAUAUACAUGAUCAUUCAGUUUGCUCUUUAACUUCUCCCAACAAUAGCUUGAAACAUUUUUAUUCAGGGGAUAUUAGUGGGAACAUUGUCAAGACUGAUUUAUCCAAUUUGUUCAUUAAUAAUGAUUCUGAUAUCUUUUACUCCAAUACAUUUACAGCUAGUGAGUGCUCUUCACUCGAUGAAAAACUAGGUAUAUCUACAUUAAUCGCAAGAAAUGAGUCUCCAGUGCUUUCUAUAUGUUUAGAAAACCACAAUGAUACUGUAUUUGCAUCAGAUUAUAAUUCGUUGAAUAGAUUUGUUGAUCCUCAAACAUCAAUGCUUUCUCAAUACCAAUAUUUGAAAAAUUGUUUUGAAUAUUCAUUAAACCGGGAAAACCAAUAUCAAGAUGAUUAUGUUUUGGAGGAUCUUCAGGUGUCACCGCCCUCACCUGACGAUAUGAAUUCACAUUUCUAUGACUUGGUAAGUCAAUUGUCAAUUGAGACAAAUACCAACAAUUUUGAUCUUCAUAGUACUUUUUCACAUUCCCAUAUCAAUAAUACUAAUAAUAACAAUAAUACUAAUAAUACUAAUAAUACUAAUAAUAAUAGUUGCACUACAACUCCACCAACUUUCGAUGAUCAUAAUGCAGAUGUUAUGAUUAGAGACGGUUCUUGUGACAGUUGUGACCUAUAUUCAUCAAUGUUUUUAAAUGUUUGUGGAGGUCCAUCGAAUGAAUUCAUUAUUGCCUAUGAGCCAAACCAGGAGUUUGAGAACCCAUUGAAAAAUCCUAUUGCAAAUAAGGCUAAAGAAUGGCUCAACAUAACUCCUGUAGAAAUCUUGUUAAACCCAUUGCCAGCUGAACAGAUCUCAAUCACUCCUUUUAAUUUUAAACCCAUUGCCAAAUAUGGAAUUGUACCCAAGAGUGUGGUUUCCAAACGCAUGUUUGACAACAAGAGACAGAUUAUGGUGCUAUACCUUAAUGGUGAUAUUAAGAUUUGGGAUAUCGUGACAUGUCAAGAGCAAAGACAUUUUCCUGGCAAUUAUGGUAGGCUACUAAGUAGCAAAGAGAUUGAAGAGAGAAUAAAAGAAAUGGAUCUUUUAUUCCAAACAUUUCAACAAUCGGAUACUUUGAAUAAUUGGUGUGAAGUAGAGAUUAAAGCUGGAAAGUUAUUGGUAACCAUCCGAGACUCUUCGGCGAUGAAUGUUGAGAUUUAUUACGAUGAAUUGAUCAAAGACUAUCCCUCACUUUCAGUUGAGUCCCCUUCAACGGUUGAGAGAAUCGGUAACCACAAGCUUGAAGUAACAAACGAUGAUAGGUACCACAUAGGGUUAAUUUUGUUGAAUUCGAUUUUUCAUGGUUAUACAUUAUUUGAAUGGGUUUUUGACGGGUUGCUUCGUGAAGAAAUUUGUAAUCAAUGUCAACAUAACGAAAAACAACAGCAACAACAACAACAACAACAACAACAGCAGCAGCAGCAGCAGCAGCAGCAGAAAUCCGAGGAAACAGAUUUAAGUAGCAGUAUUGGAAGUAUUAGAAAAUUGAAACAUUGGGGUAGGAGAUCACUGAAACGAAGUUUAUCUAGCGGUUUGAACUCCUCGAAUCAUUCAUCUCCAACCACUUCGGCAAAUGUCAGUGUUAUUGAUAUGCACAUAGGAGAAGAAUCACCAUCGCUAUUGCUGUCGUCACCGUUGGGUGAGUUUUUAAAUACGUCGGAAAAGACGUUUUUAAAGCAGAUUCCUGAUUAUAACAAUUCUAUAAUGAGUUUACUACAAACAAACAAAAAGAUUUAUCAAGAUCGGGUUAGUAUUACUAGCAGCAAACCUAUCAAAUCAGUAUUGAAUAUCGACCAUGUUAAUCCAAAGUUGAAUGAUAAACUCAAAAGUGACGAGUUGAAGUACUAUCCAAUAAUACCGUUUGAUCAAUUUCCCGAGGAUAUGACAAUUACUAUAUUUGAGCAUUCACCGGAAUUAGGAAACUAUCGUGAUCUGUGCAGCUUCAAAUUGAGCGACGUCAAUAGCCUUGGCGAGACUCCAAACCAACAAUUGAUCAAUGAUCUUCGAUGUAAUUUGCCACGAUGGAUUGGUCACCCGAUCUUAUACAGUAGGUAUUAUGUCAAAGAAUCACCAAAGAUAACCUUCCAGUUACUUGAAGUUGAGUAUUUCAACUUACCUCACACGAUGAAAAUUGGAGGUAGAUCUAAUAGAAAAAUCAAAUCAUUACCAGCCUUAGAGAGUAGUAUCAAAUUGACAUCACAUAAUAUGUUGCGAGUUUCCAAGAUUUUAUAUUUCCUAACUGAAAAGUUUGAGAGUAGUACAAAGGAAAUGAGAGACAAAAAAUUAAAGCCUACAGAUUGGCUAGUUAUAGAAUGCAGGGGUCAAGAACUUAGUAAUAACAUGACUUUGCAAACAAUCAAAACCAAGAUAUGGAAAAGCAGUUCCGAUAUAGAAUUGAGAUUCCGUAGAAAGUUUGACGCUUAG